AUGACUCUCAGUACUUGCAUCCUCGCCUUGGGCACAUCCAUGUCCAUGAAUCAAAGCUUGUCUUCUACCUACCUGUGUUUCGACCCCAUUGACAGCAGGCCGCGAACAGUUCUGCUCCAAAUUUUGGCUGUUAUUCUGGACUGUAUUAUUGUCAGCAUACUUUGGAGGAUUCUGACCUGGUCUAGGACGGCCAGACUUAUGUUACGCACUCUGGGCAACACACUUCUCAUGUCCUCUCUGCUCAUUGCAUCUAUGUGGGUUGGCGGGGCCUUCCUGGGUAGCACACAGAGCUUUGGCGUCCCCUAUGACGGCUCGCAUUACCUUUUUGACGUCUUGGUGGACGCAUCCUCAUUCGCCAUUUGGGUGAUCUCUACGUCAUUUUGGGUUUGCGAGACGUCACCGGGUACAGCAAUCAGCGUGGUCACAAUUCUCACGGGAACGUGGAGUGCCACCGUUAAUGUGCUUGGUUUCGGUGACUGGUUGCAUCAAUCGCGGAUGGACAGCUUGCUGCCAUUAUGGCUCGUCGCUCUUGGAGCCGUAUUCUUCGCCUAUUCUCACGAACUUCGUCACGUUAUCUUCAUCCAACGCGCCUUCUUGGGAAUCCUGUUGGUGAUACUUUUGGCGGUAACAGCAAUCAUCACUCUCAAUAGAGGAGUCCAAGUAUUUGAGCAGCGUCAUCCGAUAAGCGAGCUGAUCUACGAGGCUCAGACAAAGCAUGAGCGUUGGCUGGUCAAGGCAACGACAAGUAGUACGCUCUCUGCUGCGGUGUCAGUCUACGAGGAGCGACACUCGGGUCGGUCUCCCCCUCCCAAUUUCGCCGAAUGGUAUCAGUUUGCGUCGUCUUCCACAAUCAUCAUUGAUGAAUUCGGACAGGUUGACAAGGAUCUCGCCCCGUUCUGGGCCUUCUCUCCGUCUGAGCUUCGAAGGCGGGCAGAUAUCAUGGCUUCACUGCCGGGCAUCGCCACUAUCGCUGUGCACGACGGGCUAGUGGAAAUACGUGGCGAUGGUGACGAGAGAGAAAACUCGGAUCUGGUCGAGCUGGCAGAAAUGAUCCGAAAAUUUUCAAGUCAUCUUCCAGACAUGGUUUUACCCAUCAACCUCGGAUCAAACCCGCGCAUUCUUCCUUCCUGGCGAGAGUUUCGGCAAGAACAACAUGCUGAUUUGACGUCGAUGAUUGAUUCUACGUUGAAGAGGUCAGCCGGUACCUCGAACCAGACAACUGCCUCAGACGCGCGCAACGGGCCAGAACUUGAUACGAGCCCGAUCCAGGCGGUAGCCUUUCGCCAGAUGCACGUCGGUGCAUGCCCUCCUGGUUCGGGGAUGAGAACGGGUUUGCGACAGAACGUUGGGAAAUUCUGCUCACACUGUGCGGACAGGCAUUCGCGGGGCCAGCUGCUGAAUGACUUUGGCCUGUCACUAGAAAUCUGCGCCCAGCCAGACGUGCAGUCUCUGCAUGGUUUUUUCCUGGCCGACCGCCGGCCGCCUCCCGUCCGACAGCUACUGCCCCUGUUCAGCGCGUCCAAAGCCGACGGAUUCGGCGAUAUAGUGAUCCCAUUGCCGAGAUCUAGACCGGAGAAGCCUGAUAGCACAUGGCAGUUCACACGACGAUAUGAUAGCCUCUACUGGAGGGGCUUGGUAGGAGAUGCCAGUUCCUCUAACGACAAAGCACUCCGUGGGAGCCACAAACUCAGGCUGCUUCAUCUCCUUAAAAUGCCAACGGCGCAAGACCGUGUUGUCAUGAUACUGCCCGUGUCCGGGAAGGAGAACUUGUACAAGCCAGAAGUGGUCCCUGCCUUUGAUGCCAGCAACGCGCUGCGGUUCUCCGUCGAGAUCAAUGACUCCUCGGCCUGCUCGGGAGGGCGCUGCCAACUCAUCAAGCAAGCAUUUGGCAUGAAAUCGGAUAACGAGGAGCCCCUAGAAUACCGCUACGUCUUAUUGACGGAUGAGGAUGACGGCCCUCCAACACAGGUAUUGCGUACCAUGGGGUCAGGAAGUGUCCCCAUGGUGUCGACGAUAUUCCGUACGUGGUACACGGAUCGCAUCGAGCCAUGGCUUCACUUUGUGCCCAUUGACCUCCGCUACCAGGCCCUGCACACGACACUGUCCUACUUUGGCGGCAUAGAGAAGCCGGUGAAGAUCAAGGGCAAGGCCACAAAAUUCAACGGUAGCGUGAAAGACGGCGAAUGGAUCAGCCAUCAGGGCCAGAGGUGGGCGGCCAAAGCGCUGGGGAUGAAGGACAUGGAAGUCUAUCUUUUCCGAGUGCUUCUUGAAUGGGGUCGACUGAUUGACGACCAACGAGGCGAAAUGGGAGGCUGA